GUGAAGGGCAUUGAUUUUCACAGGUGAGGACACCCCCUGCAUUCCCCGCAAUGAAGCCAUAGAUAUCCUCUCUGACAUUGAAGCAGUACCGAACCAUGGGUAAUGGCACCUCCCUCUCUGUCGCGCAAUCUCGAUGCUGACUCCAGAAGAUCCUCACCACCCUAUACAAUGGUCACGCCCACAUAUGGUCCUACGAGACCCAAACGAUCAUCAAGACCUUCGAGCUCACGGAUGUCCCUGUACGAGCGGGAAGAUUCAUCGAGAGGAAAAAUUGGAUUGUCUGUGGUAGCGAUGAUUUUCAGUUGAGAGUUGUCAACUGGAAUACCAGCGAGAAGGUCAAGUCGUUCGAGGCACAUCCAGACUACAUACGAGCUAUCGUGGUACAUCCAGUCCUCAGUGUUGUACUGACAGCCUCCGACGAUAUGACGAUACGAAUGUUCGAUUGGGAAAAAGACUGGCGAUGCGUUCGCGAGUUCGUGGGACAUCAACACUAUGUGAUGGGCCUCUCGAUAAAUCCAAAAGACACCAACGUAUUUGCAUCCGCAUGUCUGGACCGUACAAUCAAGAUCUGGAGCAUCGACAAUGCCUCUGCCAAACAGACCAUUGAGGCUCACGAGAAGGGUGUCAACCAUAUCGAUUACUAUCCGCACAGUGACAAGCCCUACUUGCUCAGCACGUCGGACGACAAGACUGUUAAAGUCUGGGACUACACAACCAAGGCUCUGAUAGCCACAUUAGAAGGUCACACGAGCAAUGUCAGCUUUGCCUGCUAUCACCCUGAGCUGCCAGUCAUAAUAUCUGGUUCGGAAGACGGAACCAUCAAGAUCUGGCACGCAAACACUUACAGACUGGAGCAAUCGCUCAGCUAUGGCUUAGAAAGAGCUUGGUGCGUAUCUUAUCAGAGAGGAAAGCAAGGUGUGGCAAUGGGAUUCGACGACGGUGCUGUUGUUGUAAAGAUGGGCAGAGAAGAACCUGCUGUUUCGAUGGACGGCACCGGCAAGUUAGUCUGGGCACGGCAUAACGAGGUGGUGUCUGCGAUCGUGAGGGGCGGAGAUCCAUCGAUCAAGGAUGCUGCUCCUAUCGCCCUCCCUAGCAAAGAAAUGGGGACUACCGAGAUCUAUCCCACGACAUUGUCUCACUCUCCCAACGGUCGAUUCGUGAGUGUAUGCGGCGAUGGAGAGUUCAUUAUUUACACUGCCCUAGCUUGGAGAAACCAGGCUUUUGGUUCAGCACUUGAUUUCGCAUGGGCCUCGCAUCAAAAUCCUACAGACUAUGCCAUCCGAGAAUCUACCACGAGCGUGAAGCUAUUCAAGAAGCUCAAAGAGAGCGGAAGCCUCGACGUCGGUUUCCAGGCCGAGGGUCUGUGUGGCGGUCAACUGCUUGGAGUAAAAGGUCAAGGCGGUAUUGGUCUGUUUGAUUGGGAAAGUGGAAGCCUGGUUCGACGGAUUGAAGUCGAACCGAGAGAAGUUUACUGGAGUGAAUCCGGAGAACUUGUGGCUCUGGCUUGUGCCGAUACUACCUAUAUUCUUCGCUUCGACCGAGAAGCCUACCUCGAGGGCCUCAACAAUGGUGACGCAGACGAAGACGGCGUCGAGGCCGCCUUCUCCGUUGUCACCGAUCUUCAAGAGUCCGUCAAGAGCGGAGAAUGGGUCGGUGACGCAUUCCUGUUUACCACAAACACCCGCCUAAGCUACCUGCUUGGUGAGCAAGUCGUCCACGUUGCACAGUUCGACCAGCCCAUGUACUUGCUGAGAUACCUACAACGAGAUGAAAGAGUCUACUUGUGUGACAAGGAUGUUGGCGUGGUGAGCUAUAGGCUAUCGACCGCAUUGCUAUCUUACCAGACCCUUGUCCUGAGGGGCGAGAUUGACGCAGCUCAAGAGCUCCUGGCCGACGUCCCUGAAGAUCAAAUGAACAAGAUUGCCAGGUUCCUCGAGGCCCAGGGCCACAAGGAGCUGGCUUUAGACGUAGCGACGGAUCCAGAACACCGAUUCGAGCUAGCGCUCAGUCUCAGCAACUUAGCUGUGGCGCUGGAAAUUGCACGCGAGUCGGACAUGCAGGCCAAGUGGUCAGCUGUGGCGGACAAGGCGCUCGAGCUGUGGGACGUGAAGCUCGCAGAAGAGUGCUUCCUUCAUGCCAAAGACCUGGGAAGUUUGCUCUUGCUAUACACCAGCUCUGGCAACAAAGAAGGGCUGGCCAACCUGGCUGAACAAGCGGAAGAGAUGGGCAGCAACAACGUGGCAUUCGCCAGUUUAUGGUCGACGGGAGAUGUUUACGCAGCAACUGAGCUGCUCAAGCGGACUCAUCGUCUCAGCGAAGCCGUGCUCUUCAGCCAGACAUAUAAGCCGUCAUUGACGCAAGGUUUGGUCUCCGAAUGGAAAGAGAGCUUGGAUAAGCAAGGGAAAGCCAAAGUCAGUCGGUUGAUAGGCGUGCCAGGUCAAGACGAAGACCUCUUUCCUGAAUGGGAUGAGUACAUCAAGCUCGAGCAAGAAGGUGGCGCGAAGGACUCUGUGACCACGGAUCUCAUUAGUGUUGACGGUGAGGAGGAGAAGCCGGCGACGAACGGCACGGUAGAGACCAACGGUGAGGAGCAGGAGACUCAGGACGGCACCGCAGAGGUUGAGGCAGAAUCGUGAUCAUGGCAAAAGACCUGAUAGAUACAGUACCAGGUAUCCGAGGACGAGGAUAAACUGAAAAGUGCAGCCACUGUAACAUUGAAAGUAUCAGUCAUUGCCAGCGUACUUCAUGAUACCGACUCGGGAGGCCAGGGCUAAAUAACUGCUUGUGAGAAUAAAACAAGAUGUUCAACUAUAUUUCAUUUGCAA